AUGGCGGCAACCAAAGAUCUCAAGAACGAGCUUGCGGAUCUCAUUAAAAAGAAGAUAACUUUAACGGAGGACUUGAACAAUUUAGAGAAGCAAAUCUAUAAUUUUGAAAGCAGCUAUUUGGAAGAUACAUACCUCUAUGGCAAUGUUAUUAGAGGAUGGGACCGUUUUCUUGCUAAUAAUAAAUCCACGAAUCAAAAAAUCGAAAGACGAAACCGUAAAUUUAAAGAAAGUGAAAGACUAUUCUCCAAGUCUUCCGUCACAUCAAGACACAAUCUGGUAAAUGAAUAUAUUUUAGCCACCUCCUAA